UUGACACUGUUGUGGUGUAGAGUAGCGGAGGCUGAGUGAAGGCGACGGGGAACAUGUCGUCCUUUCUCCUGUAACGCGCUGUAAAUGCGCUUUAAGCCCCGAGCGGCCGCGGCGAGCAGCUCAGGGUACGGCAGACGGGGGUCUCGGCCCCAGACAUGGCGAGUGUGCUCUGCAGAAGAGCCAGGCGUUUGCCUGAUGUCCGGGCCAUAGGUCAGAGGGCUGUGUCGCUUAAAGCGUUCUCCACAGCCGGGUCGUCAGGAUCAGAUGAGCCUUAUGUAGCGGUUUCAUCUCCCGAUUCAGGUCCUAGAACUGUGUGGCCUGAUGAGACUAUGGGCCCGUUUGGCCCUCAAGACAAGCGAUUCCAGUUGCCAGGCAACGUGGGUUUUGACUGCCACCUCGGGGGAGUGGGGGAUCAGAUGAGGGGGCUGAGACACCGCGUGGUUCCUGACGUCCUCUCGGCUCCGUCCAGCAGCGACAGACAUGAAUUCAUCCUGGCGCAGUUUAUUAAUGAGUAUCAGAGUAAAGAAGUUUCUUUAUGGAUUCAGAGAGUCGGAAGAGCAGAGAAGUAUUUCCGUCACUCUGAUGUGGAGUGUUCCAUGCAUUCCUGCCCCGAGCUGCUGAAACAAGAAUUAGAAUCGUUUUUCCCAUCGCUCCCUGCCAGCGCCAUUACUGUCGUCACAGUAACGCAGAAAAAAACAGCGAGUGAAACGGAAGAACUGGACAGAGAACAGCUGCUAGAUAAAUUCGUCAGCGGUGCUAAAGAGAUCUGUUUCAUGCUGUGGAGGGAAGGAUACUGGGCCGACUUCAUAGAUCCUUUAUCUGGAAACGCUUUUUUCGGCGCGCAGUCGCACAGCACCAUCCUGCAUCCGGAACAGCGUCAUCACUCCGGAUUCCACAUCGAGGACCUGCCCUCCUGUAGAGUCAUCCGGCACGUCCUGAAGGACACGCCCACGUUCGUGGGAACGCUGAUCACUAACGCACCUUCACACAGCCGCAUCAUGAGGCGGCUUAAAGGACAGUCAGCCGACACCGAGGAGGCCGACUGACGCCGAACGCACAAGCCCGUUCUUACUAACGCUACGGCUGACGGACUGUUUUCUUAAUACUUGAGUUUUGGGGAAAGUUUGGAAUAAAAACAUGUCUGUUAUGGACAUAAACGCUAA